UUAAUUGAGAACCACUGUGUGGUUCAUACAUACUUGUUUGGUCUGGGAACAUACGGUUUUGGAACGCACUCUGUCAUCUCUUUUGAAGUGUUCCUUCGUGCAAGAUGACGAAGGGUACAUCAAGUUUUGGUAAGCGGCGAAAUAAGACACACACGUUGUGCAGACGUUGUGGUCGGAGCUCGUACCACAUCCAAAAGUCACAAUGUGCACAGUGUGGAUAUCCUCAGAAAAAAAUGCGAUCGUAUAACUGGUCAGUGAAAGCUAAAAGGAGGAAGACCACUGGUACUGGUCGUAUGCGGUACUUGAAGAUUGUUCGCCGUAAAUUCAAGAAUGGAUUUAGGGAAGGUUUACCAAAACCAAAAGCUGUUGCAACUAAAUAAUUCUGACUUAUGUCACUGUGUUGUAUAUCUAUAAAAUUUUGACUACCAAUAAACAACAGAAAAUUCA